CGCCAUCUACUGCUCAAACACCGUGGUUACGGGUGACGCAUAUUUUCUUGGACUUGGAUUAUAAAAAAAAAAUUACCUGACAAAUUUCGGUAAAUCAUCACAGUCAUCAUGUUUGACGUAGCGCUAGCAGAAGCAGGGGCUCAAGUGCCUAUUUCAACGUCAAGUGAUGAAAACUUUCCUCCGGAGAAUAUAAUUGACGGCAAAUCAGAGACAUUCUGGGCCACUACCGGAUUGUUCCCACAGGAGUUCAUCAUCUCGUUUACGUCUUUGAUGUCAUUGGAACAGAUUAAAAUCAACUGUUAUCAGGUGAAAGGUUUAGCCAUAGAACGCAGUGUGGAGAAUGAACCUGUCAACUUUGAGCCGUUUUGUGAAAAAGACUUGGGUCCAUCGGAUGCUUCAUUACAAACAGAGGAAUUUCCUGGGGAGAAUUCAAGUGCAAGGCAUCUCAAGUUCGUUAUAAAGUCUGGGUAUGACCACUUUGUCUUUGUGAAUAAAGUUUGUGUGAACGGCAUGGCAUCCAGGGAAUAAUCUGACUGUUUCAAUCACUGCAAGCUGCUUCGGACACAAGGGAAAUGAUGUGAGGCCACCAUGUCUCUCUGAGAGAGUGACAUUACCAUUUAUCACUACAUGAAUUCUUAUACAAAACAGGAAUGCCUUAAGGCCACCGCACACCUUACGACCCUGUCUGGUCGGCGAUUGGCUUGCGACUGAGUGAGGGGAGAUGAACCGCAAGGUAGUCAUAAGCCUCGACACCGCACACCUUGCGAUCCGAUCUGCGACUCAUGCAUGCGCCUUUUGCUUUUUGGCAAAGCAAAUGAGAAAGUGCACUUACUACUGCGUAUGCGCGUUGUUUAUCAUAUAUGCGUCGUGCAUCUCAGCUGUCUGAUUGGCUG